AAUUAUAUGUAGGGUUUGCAAAACUGAAAAGGACAAUUGGCGUUCAGAUACGGAACCAGCUGAAAGUGAACCUGUCAAAACAAGACCAGAUCAAUGUGUCUCUAACACUGAACCAGACGAUGGUGAAACAGUCAAAGAAGGACCUGAUUCAUAUACUUCUAAGACUGAAGCCACUGCUGAACAAGACACGUCAAUAAUUCUGUCAGAUAUUUGGCUAACAAAUAUACUUCUACCAAAGAUUGCAAAUUGGAGUGAACAGAAACAUUUGGAGACGACAGUUAAGUCUCUUCGUCUGGUGAGGAUAGACCAGUACAACACUCUGUACAACCAACUCAAAGUCAAGUACGGCAAGACGUUUGUAGAGUGCUGGCCCGAGAAAACAGAUCCUGCAAAAUUUGUUUAUGAAGAUGUUGGCAUAGCAACAUACCUAUUGUUAAUCUGGGAACAAGAGAGGAAGGAGAAGAAUUUAAAGGAGAAGCAAUCGUUUGUAGACAUGGGAUGUGGAAAUGGACUACUUGUUCACAUCCUGUCUUCUGAAGGUCACCCAGGUGUUGGUUUAGAUGUACGGAAGAGAAAUAUUUGGGACUUAUAUGGCCUGGAGACUCGCCUUAAGGAAGAGACAAUCAUUCCGUCCUGUGACUCCUUGUUCCCGCAGUAUGAUUGGCUGAUUGGUAACCAUAGUGAUGAACUAACGCCCUGGAUACCAGUCAUGGCAGCAAGGUCAUCAUACACCUGUCGUUACUUUGUGUUGCCUUGCUGCCCAUUUGACUUUGACUGCAAGUUCAACAAGAAAGUGAGUGGACAGAGCAGUUACCGCUGUUUCCUUGACUGGGUGAUAGAGGUGGGACAGGUCUGUGGCUUCCAGGUGGAGGAGGACACCCUCAGGAUCCCCUCCGUCAAACGGGU